GCCGAGAGCCCUCCGGGGCUUCUUCUGGAACCUGCUCCUCAAAUAUAAAGCGCUCCCCUCAUCCACGAGGAAAGACUGAAUCAUAACUCGCAAGGAGGAGCCGCUGCCACAUCAGUGGUUUCUCCCUAAACCUGUUCUGACAAGCGACUGUGAACGCAGUGGUCACUGCUGGAUUUUUAAAAAGCAGUUUCUGUAGCCAUUUUUUUUUUUUGUUCAGCUUUUUAGAAAACAUAAUCUAUUUUAGCUGAAGAUCCAACUUUUCAAAGAUCGAGGUGAGACGCGCGUCUUAAGUUUGGAGAGGAGAGAGCGCGCAGAUGGCAGCCCUCAUCAGCGCGUACUCGUCGUGGCCAGAGUCCUUCGAGUGUCCUCCGGGAGACGGGGACGUGCCCGACGGACAUGGCCCGCACAGGACCACAGUGGACAAGGCGCCGGAGCCGCGGAUCAGACGGCCCAUGAACGCGUUCAUGGUGUGGGCCAAAGAUGAGCGCAAACGACUGGCGGUUCAAAAUCCAGACCUGCACAAUGCCGAGCUCAGCAAAAUGUUGGGUAAGUCAUGGAAGGCCCUGACUCCCCCUCAGAAGAGGCCCUACGUGGAGGAAGCAGAGAGGCUUCGGGUGCAGCACAUGCAGGACUACCCCAACUACAAGUAUCGGCCUCGCCGGAAGAAGCAGCUGAAACGCAUCUGCAAGCGAGUGGACCCCGGCUUCCUCCUGAGCGGACUGGCCCCUGAUCAGAACGCCCUGCCUGACCAGCGAGCCCUCUGUCACCCCCUUGACAAAGACGAGGGCAGCCCUACCGGUGUCAGCAGCAGGUUUUCCAGCCCCAGCCCAGCCCUGCCCAGCGUCAGAAGCUUCAGAGAUCCUGCCGGUUCCAACAGCAGCUUCGACACAUACCCCUACGGUCUGCCCACCCCUCCUGAGAUGUCCCCCUUAGACGUCAUGGACCACGAGCAUGUACCCCCCUCUUAUUAUUCAACAUCCGGUAGCUCCUCCGUCUCUUGCUCUUCCUCAGCCUCCUGUCCCGACGAGCACCGCCAGAAUCAGUCACACAUGGGUAGCCCACCGCCUUACCACACUGACUACACUCAGACCCAAAUCCACUGUGGGGGCACACACAUAGGUCAUAUCCCCCACAUGUCCCAAACUGGUGGUGGUGGACUGAUCUCUGGUCCUCCACUGUCUUACUACAGUACCUCAUCUUUCCCCCAGGUUCACCAUGGGCUCCAUCAGGGCCACCUGGGUCAGCUGUCCCCCCCACCAGAGACACAGGGUCACCUGGAGACUCUAGACCAGCUGAGCCAGGCUGAGCUUCUAGGAGAGGUUGACCGCAAUGAGUUUGACCAGUACCUGAACUCCACUGGGCCCGGGUUCCAUCCUGAGCAGGGCAGCAGCAUGACUGUUACGGGACACAUCCAGGUGGCGUCCACCACUACCGCUUCUCACGCUGCAUGUCCCAGUAGCACCACAGAAACCAGCCUCAUCUCAGUGCUCGCGGACGCCACGGCGGCCUACUACAACAACUAUGGCAUCUCGUAAGCUUGGUCACGGCACCCAUUGAACUUGUGACUGAUCAGAGACACUACAUGGUUUAAAAUGGGUGAAGAAAUUUGGGACAGUGUUGCACUUGGGUGCUAGUAAGGGAAAUCUUUCCAUGCUCUUGUGUGUAGUUUCAAAUCUGGCAUUAGCAUCUAUGAGCAACUUCCUCCCACCACGAUUUCAACCUGAACUGAUUACUGAGCAAUAUGAUUGUCUGGAGCCGGGGAAAGAACAAAGAGCAAUUUGGAGGAAUAUGAAGAAAGGCAGAUGGACAACUCAGGGAUGCAGACACAAAAUACUAUAGUAUGCCACCUCCAGUUGUCACAAUAUUCCGAAACCAGAAGAACAAUCGUAAAAGACUUGUUGUCCACUUGUAAAUGUCACCACUUACUGUACAGACCCUCUGUCCAUAUUUAAGUCCUUUGAUGUUUUGCAUAAAAGCUAAGUGUAAUGCUAUUAUUGCCGCUUUCCAUUCGAAUGUUUGUAUAAUAUGUUCUCGCUCUCAUUAGUUUGGGAGUCUUACCUCAGUGGUUGUAAUUGAAUGAGGUUUUAGUUGGACAUUUCUUAUGCAAUUUAACAAAAUGGUGUAUAAUGAAGAUGAAAGGCGUUUAUACUUCUUCUCAAGUACUUAAUAAUAUAUAAUCAUAACCUCUACGAUGAAAAAUAAUAAUGGUAACUAUAACUGUAUGCUGAUUUAGGUUUGUGAAAGACAAUAAUUUAAAAUAAAGUUCAAUUUUUUUAUAUAUAUAUAAAUGCAGUUGCUACUUGGAGAAUGUACCACAACAAAACUUUUACACCUGAACAGAUAUUGGUAAUAACUGAUACACUUAAAAGGCAUAGUGUAGUGACAGAUGAAACAGAUUUCUCUUAUACAUACAUAUAGAUACAUAUAUCUAGCAACUAAUUAAUGAAAUCAGUUUCCUGAAUAAAAACAGUCAAAGGAA